AUGGAGGCCGCGGCCGCAGCCGCCGCCGCAGCAGAGACCGCGGCUGGUUUCGUCGGUGGCAUCGGUGCUGGCCAGCCGUCGAUGGCCGACUUCAUGAUGAGCGCCGACGCAACGGCCACGGGUAGCAGCAUGGGACAGCACUCGCCCGGCGGCAGCUCCAUGAGCCCAGGUGCCCAUCAUUCCGGUGGCUACCACGCGAUGAUGGAUCCGCACGGAGUCCAGCAGGAUGCGUCGGGCGUCAAUGUGCCCGAGUAUCCCUGGAUGAAGGAGAAAAAGACCACGAGGAAGAGCAGCCAACAAGAGAAUGGCUUACCCCGGAGAUUAAGGACGGCUUACACAAACACUCAGCUAUUGGAGCUCGAGAAAGAGUUUCAUUUCAACAAGUAUUUGUGUCGGCCGCGAAGAAUCGAGAUUGCGGCAUCGCUCGAUCUCACCGAGAGACAGGUAAAAGUCUGGUUUCAAAAUCGCCGGAUGAAGCACAAGCGACAGACGCUGAGCAAGGAGGACGGCGACGACAAAGACGGGGGGGCCUCGUCCGACGGCCUCGAGAAGUCCAAGCCCGACAAGCUGCACCACGGCCUCGACGACGAGGACAAGAAAGCCGGCAGCUGCCACAACUGCGACCUCGGCGGCAUCGGCGACGCGAUCGUGGGCGCGACUCCUCUCAACGUCGACGCCAGCAAUCCGGCGAGCAUCAACAACAACAACACCCCCAACGCCACCAACAACAAUAACAAUAACAAUAACAACAACAACAGCAGCGGAGGCUUCAAUGCCAACAGCACGGGCCCGGCGAGCAGCUGCGGCAGCACCAACAGCGUCUCCAGCAGCUUCGACAAGAUGAUGGUCGACGAGGACUCGCGAUCGCGCGACGACAGCGAUCAUCUCGUCACCUCGCCCUGUAGCUCCUCCAAGAAGCUCGACGUACGAGUCAAACUCGAGGGCGAUCACAAGAGUCCCAAUCCCAGCGCAGUGAAGUCGCAGAUAGGAACGAGCAAAAAGUCCCCGGCCAAAACCGACAUGUGCAGCAACAACGGCGUACUCAUCGGCUUGGCCGACUCGACCGUGGUGACGCCGGCCAAUCAAUCGUCGUCGACGCGAAGCUUGACUCCUUCCUCGACUCCGGGCACACCGGCCUCGGUGCAGUUGCAGCAAGGCAGUCCCCUGAACGCUCAACCGAACAGCAGCCACGUCUAUCUGCAGCGACCCAGAAGCUCGCCGUCGUCCAGCAACGCGAUCGCUCCGCAGAAUCGUUACUCCCAGGCGCAGCAAGCGGCAGCGGCUUACAAUCAAAUACCCGGCGCGGUCGUCGAUUACCGAAACGGCAUCAACAACAGGCAAGGCAUGACCGGACACCAGAACGCCUACUGCUCGAGGGAUGCGAGCCUGACGGCUUAUCAACAACAGCAACAGCGGGCGGGACAUUACGCGGCAGCCGGUGACAUGCAAUAUGGCAGACAGGGACAGCAACAGCAGGGGAUGGCUCGCGUCAGUCAACAUGCCAGAGCUAAUGCCGCCGCCGGUAGAUCUGCGUACAAUCAUCACUCGAUGUCACAAUUUCAUCAACAGCAGCAGCAACAUCAGUACGGAGGAACGGGAGUGUACAAUGGUUACGCGCAAGGAGCUUAUCACGCUUCUUAUCACGCCAGAACCAUGCAAAAUGCGAAUAGCUCGGCUUACGGAACCGGAGCGACUCAAGCGUACGCGGCCGUUGCCACCGACUCGAACAAUUCCGACGGAUACAUGCCCAGCAAUAAUUACGGCUAUCAAGCGGCGACCUCGGGUUAUCACAACGUGGAUACCUCGAACACGAUGGGAUUGCAUCACGCGCACGCAGCGGCGGUGACGACAGGCCAGCAACAGCAUUAUUACGGCGACGUUCAGCAACAGCAGCAAGAGGCCUACAUCAACCAUCAAAGCGCCGCGAUGCACUCCAACAUGGACUAUCAUCACCGAGGCAACAAAUGCCAGCAGUAUUACGAUCAGCAUCAAACGGCCGGUGGACAGCUGCAUCAUCACCAGGGCGGCGAGGCCUCGAGUAUACCAGCGAGUUACGUGUCGUCGCCUGACCCUUUCCCGGUCGCGACACCCGCGACGACCGCCACGAGCGCCGCCGUCGUCGCUCCCGCGAUAGUCAACAACGAGCAAACGACGCACGACCCGUCGUACAACAAUUUCGGUAAUUAUUACGCUGCCUCGGUCGAUCAGAGCAACAGUCAUCAGAUGCAGUCGACGGUGGCCACGCACCAGACCGACAACAGCAACAGCUCGUCGGACUUCAACUUCUUGAGCAAUCUCGCCAACGAGUUCGCGCCGGAGUAUUAUCAGCUCAGCUGAGUUCAGGAGCAAAACGUCCCGGUCGCUUCUGCUGCGAGCAAUGCUUGCCAACAGCAGCAGCAGCAGCAGCAGCAGAUCGACUGGAACGACGAGCAGUACUUGCUCAAUGAACUUUAUUAAAUCAUUUGCGCGCGUGGGUGUGUGCGCGUGUGUACGUGCGAGUGGUUGGGCGGUGUGUACAAAGUUUCCUGUGAUGUGACUUGCUCCAUGUCCGAUCGGCGGCAUUUUUCAAACUGUGCAAUUUGAACUUUAUAAAUAGGGCUGAAUUGAAAAUAUUACAAUAUUUAUGCGAACAUUUAGAAGAUACACGAGCGCAUUCGCUUUGGCCGGCUGCCAAACUUGAUACUAUAGAGAACUCGCAACGGGAUUUAGUUUAGCUUAUUUCAAGAGUUCUGUGUAGGCCCUCACCGGGGGAGGAUCGAAUCAAUCCUGACCUCAAUAAGUAACUCACAAUUUUCUAAUGCUCAUACUACUUGUUUUAUAGCGAACUCAAACAUUAGUAUUUUAUACUUGCCAUAAUGUAAAUAUUAUGAGGUUUCGGAAGUUUAGAACUAUUAGAUCUAAAUAGACGAUUAAAAACUCUAAGACAAUAUCUAUGUUUUUAAUGAAAAAUAAUUUCAGUUGAUUGAAUUUAAUUCUUCGCGAUUUUUUGCUACAUCAAAUAUUAUUUCCGCAAAAAUCUGUUUAACAUGAAUAACGCGAAAUCAGUUAUUAUUGUCAAGGCAAUAUUAAAAUUUUUCUAGUGCCUGUACGUGUAAAAAUAUUGUAUAGUUGUUAUAUUAGAUAGAAAUUUUUAUCUGUCUUGUGUCUAUUGAUCUUUUCAGCAUUUAAGUCAUGCACGCAUAAAUCAAAACGAUUUUUUUAUCAUAAUUUUUUAUUUUACAAUCUUGUAAUUAUGAAUAAUGCGUAGAGAUAUACAAAUUUUAAAUUUUAACGCGGCAAAAA